AUGUCAAAGAGAGUUCAGGACAACGAUGAGGACAUGCGUGAGGCAAAGUCGGCCUUCAAUGUCGGAAGCCGUGUGACAGUCGAGGACGAAGGAAUGGGAGAGUUUGAGGAUCCCUGGGAGGACGAGGUUGAGUCUGACCAGGAGGUUAUUAUUGAGAACGACGACGAUGAUGAUGAAGAUAUGGAUAUGGACCAGGUCAACAACGAAAUCGAAAUGGAUCAGGACAAGGAGGACGAGGACAAGGAUAUCCGUGUGUACUUGCCCGGCCAGGCACUGGAGAAGGACGAGGUGUUAGAGGCAGAUCAGUCUGCCUACGAGAUGUUGCACAGCAUGAACGUCAAAUGGCCCUGCCUCAGUUUCGAUAUUCUCUGGGACCAAUUGGGAGAUGAGCGCUGCACCUUCCCUGCCACCACCUACGUCGUCACAGGAACCCAGGCCGACCAGGCCAACAACAACGAGCUUCUGGUGAUGAAGAUGUCUCAGCUCGCCAAGACCAAGAACGACGACGGCAACCAGAGUGAUGAUGACAGUGAUGAUGAUGAUGUCGAUGAAGACCCUAUCCUCGAGUACAAAAGCAUGAAGCACGUUGGAGGCGUCAACCGUGUCAGGGCAAUGCCUCAGCGCGAUCAGCAGGUUGCUGCUACUUGGGCCGACACUGGAAAGGUUCACCUCUGGGAUCUCUCUUCUCACAUCCGUGCUUUGGACCAGCCCGGAGCUAUCAUUCCCGAAUCUGCCAAGAAGCCCAUCUACACCAUCGAUUCUCACGGACGGUGCGAAGGUUUUGCGAUGGACUGGUCCGAGACUGUUCCUGGACGUUUGUUGACUGGAGAUUUGAACGGCAAGAUCUACAUGACAACCCUGAACUGCGCUACAGGAGCUGUGACACCCGACCGUGUUCCCUUUGUGGGCCACCAGAGCUCGAUUGAAGAUUUGCAGUGGUCUCCCUCGGAGAAGGGUGUCUUUGCCUCUUGCUCGGCCGAUCAGACUGUCAGGAUCUGGGAUAUCCGGUCCAAGAAGCGUGCUGGUCUCGAGGCCAAGGUCCACAACUCUGAUGUCAAUGUCAUCAGCUGGAACAAGAAAUUGCCAUACAUGUUGGCUUCUGGAUCGGAUGAGGGCGUUUUCAGUGUUUGGGAUCUCCGUCAGCUCUCUCAGAACGCCGCGAACCCAACACCUAUUGCUACAUUCAAGUGGCACCAGGCUCCUAUUACUUCGAUUGAGUGGCACCCUACGGACGAGUCUGUGCUUGCAGUUGCUGGAGCAGACGAUCAGAUCACUCUCUGGGACUUCUCUGUGGAACACGAUGCCGAGGAGACCUUGAACGGAACGAGUCAAAAGGCGAUUGUGAACGAUGCCGGUAUGGAGGUGCCCCCACAGCUGAUGUUCGUCCAUCAGGGUCAACAGGACGUCAAGGAGUUGCACUGGCACCGUCAGAUCCCAGGAUGUGUCGUCUCAACAGCAGGAUCUGGCUUCAACAUCUUCAAGACCAUCUCUAUCUAG